AUGCUCUGGACAGUCAAGGACAAGGCCGUCCACGCCGUCGUUCUCGACAAGACCACCUCCGAGAAGCUCUACAAGGAUGUCCAGUCCUACCGAUUGAUCACUGUCGCAACCCUCGUCGACAGACUAAAGAUCAACGGCUCCCUUGCCCGAAAGGCCCUUGCCGACCUCGAGGAGAAGGGUCAGAUCAAGAAGGUUGUUGGACACUCUAAGAUGAACAUCUACACCCGUGCCGUUGCCGCCGAGUAA